GCGGCGCUGGCGGGGCGAGGCGGGGCGCGGCCGGGUAAGAUGGCGGCGGGGGGCGCGGCGGACGCCCAGGCGCGCUUCGGCCACUCGGUGAAGGGGCUCCUGACCGAGAAGGUGACGAGCUGCGGCACCGACGUGAUCGCCCUCACCAAGCAGGUGCUGAAGGGCUCCCGCAGCGCCGAGCUCCUGGGUCAAGCUGCUAGAAACAUGGUGAUGCAAGAAGAUGCCAUCCUGCACUCGGAAGAUAGUUUAAGGAAAAUGGCCAUAAUAACCACUCAUCUACAGUACCAGCAAGAAGCAAUUCAGAAGAAGCAGCACAGCACAGUCUGAGGAGCAGAUCUCACUGUGAACCUCUUCUUGCUCGGUCCCCAGCGUUGAGCAGUCGUCAAACCUACAGGACCAGCUGAAUCACUUGCUGAAAUGAAGCAUAGCAUGAAGGCACGAGGACACCUGGACUGGCACCGAGGGCAGUGAAACAUCCUUUCCCCUCCAGACCCUGGGGUUCAGACCUAUGUCUGGGUAGUGCUGGAUGUCAGCUGGGAUGUGUGCGGAGCUUGUGUUUCUGGGCAUGUGGGCCCUUCUCAGGUGCCUCCAUCCACAUCUCUGCUCCAGAAUCCUCGCGGGCUCACCAGUGCCAAACUGAAACAAACUUACCUGAAACUUUACUCCCCCCAGCAAUUCCCAUGUCUGCUUACUUCCCGUGUAGCGUAAGAUGUGUGGUCCACACUAGCACCCCUGGUAAGAAAUGCAAAUAGAGCUGUAGGUUUUAAAUACAAGUGCCUGCAGUUUGACGCUGGACUGUAUUUAGACACAGAUGGCACAGGGUGCAAUUUAUUUAGGGCAUGUUAAUCAGGGGGAGCUGUAAGUGCCUGGGGGGAGAGAGGUGCUUCAGUGUCGACUGAGGUGCCAGUCCCAGGCCAGAAUUUCUGAAAGCAGGAAUCUGGGCACACACUUUUGUCACUGCUCCAGCUGGACAUGGUUUGGCUAGCAUUCUGCUUGGAGGUUAUCUUAUUUUCCACUCUGCCAGAGUCUGGAACGUCAUCCCCUUGCCAACCCAUCUGCACUGCCUUCGGCCUUCGACUGCAUUCCUCUUCUUGAGCUGCUGCUCCAGUUCUUGAUGAAGCAGCCUUGGCUGUGGUGUGUGUCUGUAUCUGGGUGGGAAGGUAUCCAAAGCCCAGGCCAGAAAGCAGGUGGGAGAGCAUCAUGAGCUGAUGUGCUCAGUUCUGCACUGCUCUGUGUUGGAGGGCUAGCAGCCAGGCUCCUGUUCACAUCCUGGGGGGUGACAUCGGGCCCGGGCUAUAAAUACCGUGUCUUGUCUUUGGUAAGUCAAUUAUCUGGAGCACUUGGAGUGCACGGGAAGCACUUGUUUGCCUGAGUGUGCUUUUCAUCAGCUGAUAUGAGAAGGCAGGCUGAGAGCAGGCAUCAGCCUGCCGUGGUCCUGUUGCAGCACUGCUGGGGUUUGGCUCCUGUACUGCAGAGUCUUCUCCUGAGCUUUUACCAUCCCCUCCAGUGCCACUGCCUGUUUGGGCUUCGCCUGGUGGCACCACAGCUCCUGCAUGCCCAUGAAGGUGCUACUGAUAGCCCAAGGACCAUGUGGGAUAUUUUUGCCUGGGGAGGGGUCCUGAUGCCCAGCUUUGCAGAUGCACUUUUGGAAUGAGGGUUUUCCACGAGCUGCUGGAGAAGCCGCAGCUUCCUUGCUGGGAAUAAAAGCUGCCCUGAACAGC